AUGGAGGGCGAAAACAUGGUGAGCACCCCCACAUUGAGUCUACACUCCAUCGGAGUACAUGAGAUCAUAGUUGACCAUGUUCAGACCCGAACCACCAGGGCUUCUACUCGGACGCGCCUACCGCAGGCCGGCCUACGUGAGGCUAGCUUGGCGACAACCAAUUCGCGCUCCGGCAUCAUGGCGCCAGGUACAAUCGCAAACAAGGCUAUGAGCAUGUCUCGUAUGAAGGAUCCCGAAUCAUUGGCGCAACAUGAACUGACAGCGCUGGAAGCAACCCGCCCGAAAACCGCAAACCCGGAAACGAGGAGACCUGGAUCCGUCACUCGACAGGCUAGUACCACGACCAAGGCGCAUAACCGGGGCAACUCAUACUCAUCUUCAACCAUGUCCCGGCCCACCGCACCCGCAACUCGCACAACCAAUGGCUCCUUCUCCUCAACUGUCGGCCCCGGCACGCGACCAGCAUCGGCCAUGUCCCGGUACCAACCGUCCUUCAACGGUCGCAGACCUGUCGGCGCAUCGAUUCCCCGCGCAGCAAGCGCAUUAGAUACCCAUAUGGAAGACGCGUCUCCUAGUGUGCUAGGAAAACGAAAGGGUAUGCUACAAUUUCCCUUAUCUCCCAGUCGUAUCCCUUCUUGUCCCGUUGGAACCGUGUCCCCCGGAUUGGAUGAAGGUUGCAAUGGGAUUUGUGAAUUGGCAUCGCUCUCUGUGUCUGAGAAGCCUGGCCCUUUUCCAAAUCCUUCCAACCUAGCAACUAUCCCCGUGUUUCCCAGUACCCCAUUUCGGAAUGUUACCACCCCAAAGUCACCCGGACAUAUGCAGUCCUCGUCCUCUCCUUUUAUCACUGCCCCUACCGCACCCUACAGAACCCCAUCACAUCCCCAGCGGCGCAUUGUCAAGCAAUCCUCGCAUCCCGCGUUUUUGACCAAAGGGUCUUCGAUCAGAAGUUUUGACAAUAUCAUAGGCCCGGAAUGGGAUCAAGAUUCUCGUGAAAAGAGCAUGGAGGGAUUGAUGCAGACUUUGCUGGCCCAGGUAAAUCAGCAAGGCCAGGCAAGCUCGGGUCUUAAGGAGUCGAUUGAUAUCUACAAAGCAAGAAUCAGCGACCUUGAAAAGUCUCGGGAUGAGGUGAAAGAACUCAAUAUUACCCAACGCGUGGAAUUAGAUUCGCUGCGAAACCAAUUACAUGCCGCAGAGAAAAUGUGUAAAGAGGACAAGCGAGAUCAUGAGAUCGCUUUGGAUGAUCUUUACCAGCGCCAUCGCAUUGAAUUGGACUCAGUCCAGCAACAAAGCAGGAAAGAAAUUGACAAAAUGAAUGGCCGACAUCAAGAGGAGGUUCAUGACCUGAAACGACGAUUUGAUCGUGAGAUCGAGGGUGAAAAAGCGGCACGAGCAAGCGCGCUCAGCAAGCUCACUUCCCAAUCUGCACUUGAUAUCCAGAAAUCCCAAAUUGAAUUGGAGAGGAAGGAUCGCGAGAUCACGACAUUGCAGGAUAGGCUAGAGGCUCUGAAGGCAGAUCUUGAUCGCGAACGAAGAACGGUGCAGGAACUCAAACUCAAUCUGGAUACCGCAAGCAGCAACAGCGUUACGCUAGAGUCAUCAAUUCGUGCGCUCAAGGCUCGCAUUGAGUUCCUUGAAAGUGGACGGGAGGAGCAGUCUAAAUCUUUUGAGCGGUGCAAUCGGGAGAUGAUGGAUGCAUUUGCCGAAACGGAGGCAAUAAAGGAGAAGCUGCGUAGGGAAGAGACACUCCGACGCAAACUGCAUAACCAGGUUCAAGAGCUCAAAGGCAACAUCCGUGUGUUCUGUCGAGUUCGCCCCUCGCUUAACAGUGAACCUGCCUCCGAUCUCACUCUUAUGCAGUAUCCCGAUGAAACUGACGAUGGAAAGGAGAUUAAUAUCCUUGGUCCCGAAGAGAAGAGCAGCCUUGGAACGGUUACCCGGAAGAAUAACACUUUCUCCUUUGAUCGUGUAUUCAAUCCAUCCGCCCAGAAUGCUGAGGUUUUUGAUGAGAUUAGCCAGCUUGUUCAGAGCGCUUUGGAUGGCUACAAUGUUUGCAUUUUCUGUUAUGGCCAGACUGGUAGUGGCAAGACGCAUACCAUGUCAUCGGCUGAUGGCAUGAUCCCUCGUGCUGUUCACCAGAUUUACGAGACCGCGCAAGGUCUGGAAGAGAAGGGUUGGCGGUACUCGAUGGCUGGCAACUUUGUCGAAGUUUACAACGAAAACCUCAAUGAUCUUUUGGGCAACCCGGAUGAAUUAGACAAGAAGAAGCAUGAGAUUCGCCAUGACAUGCAGCGGGGCAAGACUACUAUAACCGACAUUACAACUGUCAACCUUGACUCCCCCGAGAUGGUUGAGUCUCUUCUGAAGAAUGCGGAUGCCAACCGCUCAGUAGCAGCGACCAAGGCCAAUGAGCGCUCAUCGCGGUCCCACUCUGUCUUCAUUCUCAAGCUCACUGGCCAGAACCACAUCACCGGUGAACGCAGUGAAGGUACGCUGAACCUUGUUGAUCUUGCGGGAAGCGAACGCUUGAGCCACAGUGGAGCGACUGGCGAGCGCCUGAAAGAGACUCAAAACAUCAAUCGCAGUCUCAGCUCUCUGGGCGAUGUGAUUGCAGCUCUCGGUCAAGGCAAAGAGGGAGGUCAUAUUCCAUACAGGAACAGCAAGCUCACCUACCUACUCCAAUUCUCCUUGGGUGGCAACUCCAAGACUCUCAUGUUUGUUAUGGUCAGCCCGCUCCAGGCACACAUGUCGGAGACCUUGACCAGCUUGAAGUUCGCUACCAAAGUACACAACACCCACAUUGGCACCGCAAAGCGACAGGCGCGUGUUCGCGACGCCUGA